AGCCACUGUAACUUACGUCGAAGCCGGAGGCAGGUUUCCAAAAUAAAAGUAUCAAUCCCUCCGCUCGGACUUUUGAGUUGCUCCACGGCCGACCGAGCUUUUCAAGUCUCACCGUGCCGGUGAACCUUUGCGGAUCCGGCCAGCUCCGGAUUCUGAACUCCGGACCGACCGUGUCACUCUUCGAUUAGGAAAUAUCGUGUACCCAGGUAGCAACAGAGACAGAGCAUCAGUGGCUGAACCCUGUAGGUAGGUGCCAAUAUGAACGAACUACAAUGAUCAACCAAGGUAGUUAAUGCAGACUCAAAAGCUCACUGCAUGCAAUAGUUCCACUCACACACACCCACUCACCACGUUCAGCUCCUCAGCUGGGGUUGACAGACAUAGACGCAUCACCGAUACAACCCUCCACAUGAUGCUGCCGCCAAUGAUCCAACCCGCAAAACUCCCCUUCCUCUUCCACAUCGCCAUCGAAACCGCCGCCGCGUGCUCCUUCAUCCUCAGGCCAGGCAGUCAGCUGACUAACCCAUCGAUCGCUGCGCAGCUCGUGCUGCAGCAAUUCGGUGGGCUGCUGCUGACGAUGAACCUCAUCUGCCUCAUCUUUGUAUCGCGGCCGUUUGACGAGACGAGCAGGCAGGUCGCUGCGGCGCUGGCGUUUUGGCAUGUCUGGCCGUGUUGGCGCGCCUAUGUGCGAUUGACGAGGCCCGAGGUGGAUGGUCUGGGGAAGGAGAAGGGAGGAGAGGUGAAAGCUACUACGCAAAAGACUCUUGGAGGGCCGGCUGUUCAUCUCGCGGUACAUGUUGGCAUGUUUUUGUUAUUUGCUAGGACUGUUUUCAUGUGA